AUGAGUAACCCCCAAUUGGCUGAAUGGGCAAAGGAAACCUUUGGCCUUCAAAAAGCUCCUGAUGCUUCUACAAUCUUGAAGAUUUUGAAGAGAGGAGACCAGGGCUUGAUAAUGCAAGCCGACCAAAUUGAAGAAGCAGUGAUUCUUUGGAUCAACAUUGCUGAAAAUAAUCAGAUUCCCAUCACUUGGGAAUUGAUUAAGACUAAAGCUACUAUUUUUGCUGAAAGAAUAGGCGUUAAAAACUUUAGUGCUUCUCAAGGCUGGAUGGAGAAGUUUGGAAAGCGUCAUUGCAUUAAAAUGAAUCGAAUUCAUGGUGAGGCUGGUUCUACUGAUAUAGAAUUGCUUCAGAUUGACAAGGCUGCCAUCAAAGAGAAGAUAGAGGGAUAUAGUGCUCGUGACAUAUAUAACUUUGAUGAAACAGCACUCUUUUAUGCUGCCCCACCAAGAACAACAAUUUCUCACCAGAAAUUUUCUGGUUGGAAAGAUAACAAGAAGCGCCUGACUAACAACAAGAAGCAAGAAGCAAGUGAUCAUGGAUUCUCCAUGUAUCAUUACAAUAGCAAUGCUUGGAUGACAAGAUCGAUCUUUCAUGUUUUUCUCUGUCGCUUUGAUCAUGCCAUGAAAGCUCAAAAGCACAAAGUUCUUUUGAUUCUCAACAAUUUAUCUGGUUAUAUAGUUGAUUAUACACCUACAAACAUCGAGCUUCUUUUUUUGCCACCAAACACCACUUUCCACCUUCAGCCAUUGAAUGGUAAUAUUAUUUGGGCAUUCAAGGCUUAUUUCAAGUGUAAGCAGUAUGGCAAGGCAUAUCAAUACAUUGGCAUGAUUCAAAAUGGCAAUCAAGAUAAAAUUGGGCCAAUUGAUAAAAUCUUUGAAAUUGAUCAAUUGUGGGCCAUGAAAUGGAUAAGAGAGGCUUGGGAAUCUGUCUUGGCAAAGACUAUUGAGAACUGCUGGAAUGCAACAAUCUUUUGCUUUAUUGACGACGAAGAUAGUGAAGGUAGUAGUAAAGCAAUUUAUUGGUCAUAA